AUACUCAUGUUGAGCCUCGCAGCGAGCACCUUGCACAGGGCGUUGCACCACUUCAAGACUGCUUGGCUUUUCACGAGAUCUGAUUUCAAGACAUUCAUUUUCCCAGUGAUGGUAACUGCAAUCAUAGCAUCUCCUCGUCAUACCCCGCUAGCCGUGUGUCGCACUCUGUGCUGGCUCUGGUUCCAUCUCUUGCAGUUCAACGUCUCUAACCAAUCCUACUCCGCUCAGGAAGAUGUCGUGAAUAAACCAUGGCGUCCUUUGCCGUCUGGUCGCAUUAGCGUCGAGGAUGCUCGUUCCUUGCGCUGGGGACUCCUAUUUUUAUGCUUGGGUCUUUCAUCCCUUUUCAGUUUCAACGCGUUGAUAAGUAGUGCGGCGUCUAUUGUGGUCAUGAUCUUGUACGACGAUCUUCGACUCAGCCACCAUCCCAUUUUCAGAAAUUUACGCAAUGUAGCGGCUUUUGUGACUGGUGGAGUCGGUUGUUCGUUGACUCUGUCGGGGGGAUCUUCGCUUGACGGAACGAGCGUAAAAGCAAUUUCCUGCACCGCGCUUGUCAUACUUCUGACAGUCCAUGCACACGAUUUGGCGAAUACCGACGGUGAUCGCAAGUCAGGAAGACGAACUCUGCCGAUUAUAGCGCCCGAAGGGUCUCGUAUCUAUAUGCUUUGUGCACUUCCGCUGCUUUCCUUUGGACUUGCCUCACUGUGGAGCCUCUCUGUAGCAUUUUCUUUGUUUCUAUCGGUUCUG